AUGGCGUGCCCAGCUAUGGCAAUCCCCUCUUCAAGCACCGCCAGCAGCCUCUCGCUCCGCUCCACCUUUCUCUCCGCAUCCGCCGCGUCUCUCCUUCCCCGUGUCGUCCCCCCGUGCCGGUUACCAAACGGCAGCUCCGCCAUUGGCCGCUCGUCUAGACGACGCUGCGCGCUAGUACCCGUCAGAGCUGCGACAGGCGCCAGAAGUAGCGGCAGCAGGAAUCCGGCAGCGAAGAAACGCGGAGAAGUAGCAGCAGCAGCAGCAGCAGCGGGAGCAUCGGCAGCCACCACGACGGCAGCGGAGAGCACGGACGAUGCGACAGGCGAGCAGCGGCCGUUGCUGGGCUGCCCGGUGUGCUUCCAACCGCUCUCCAUCUCCGGGUCCCGCUCCGCUCGGACCUUCAACAUGAACACGGCAUCGCGCAUGCGCCUCCAGUGUGCCACAUGCGCGCGCGUGUACGCGACGAGCAGCGCGGGGUACGCGGAUCUCACGCUCACCGCGGGCGUCACGGAAUACGUGGAGCCGCCUCUGCCCUUCCGAUCCGAGGCCUUCAAGAGUCCUGUGUUCUCGUUCGUGUACGAAAGAGGUUACCGGCAGAACUUCACCAGAAGCGGUUUCCCAGGCCCAGACAGGGAGUUCCGCAUGGCACAGCAGUGGCUGGACAGCCAUGAGGGUGGUCGCGUGGUGGACCUCAGCUGUGGCUCGGGGCUCUUCACCCGCCGCUUCGCUGCUGCAGGCGGCUGGGCCACAGUGAUCGCAGCAGACCUGUCAGGGGCCAUGCUGGAGCAGACUGCGGCGUACAUUAAAGAGGAUAAGAGCCUGACGGAAGCACAAGAGCGCAUCAUGCUAGUGCAGGCAGAUGUGGCGCGCCUGCCCUUCUGCUCUGGGUCCAUCGAUGCGAUCCAUGCCGGCGCUGCCAUGCACUGCUGGCCCUCGCCCUCUCUUGCUAUGGCGGAGAUCAACCGGGUGCUGCGCCCAGGAGGCAAGUUCGUGGCAUCCACCAUCCUCUGGCCCUCCGCUCCCUUCGGCAACGAGCUCUUCCAGUCCCUUCGCAAGUCAAUGCGUGCAGACACCACCAUGAAGCUUUGGGAGGGGGAAGAGCUGAGGGAGCUGCUGCAGCUUUCAGGGUUUGUGGAGUAUCGCCAGGAAACCAACGGGCAGUUUAUCAUGAUUUUCGGGCAGAAGGCCGAAGAAGGUGGCUGUUGGGUGACUGCAUCGCUCGCAAAGCUCCGCGCGCAAACCGACGACUCCUCCGCCUUCCGCUGCAGCUGCAGCGCCACCGCCGCUAACACCGCGUCGUCCGCACCAGAAGCGCGCCCAUCCGCGCAAAAGCUCUCCCUAUCCGAAGGCCUCAACCUGCCGUUCCUCGGCCCGGUCCGAUGGUCCGACCCGCCGCGAUUCCUGAGGGAAUUCGUGCGCGACCCGCUUAACGUUAUGACCCUCUUCACCGUAACCCUCGCGGGCUCCAUGGUCGGAAUCAACUGCGCGAUAAUCUCCCAGAUUCCGCUCCUCCUCGGGAUCCUCACGCAACCGCAAGCAGAGUUAUGGUUCGAGCUGUCUAAUCAGGUUCUCUGCGCGAUCGGCACGCUCGGAAGUCUUCUAGUCCAUCCGUUGCGGUGCUACUACGUGCUCCAGGUUUUCCGCUGGAGCCCGCAAGACGCGGCGAGUCUCCGCGCGAUGCUGUCGAAAGCCGGCCCGUUCGUGCGAAAGCCCAAGGAGUGGCAGCACAUCGCGUUCGUCAUCUUCUUACUGCAAGUUAACUGCGUGUUUCAAUACGCGAUCGCCUAUUUCAUGUGGACAACCGACAUGGUUUCCCGCCCCAUGGUGCUUCUCGGCUGCCUCGCGCUUUUCGCGCUAGGUUCCGUUAUCUUUGCCGGGCUUUACUGCCUCUGGAGCCCCCUGGGGUGGCCUACAGGAGCCAAGCCGCAACCCGCGGGGCGGCGCGUCUCUGCGACCGGGGAAUGCGGCGAGUGGGACGAGGAGGCGGGUCGGGAGGGCGAGGGGUUGUUGUCGCGGCGGUGCGAGGUUUGCGGGGGUGGCAAGGAGAGCUCCACGGGUUGCGGCGCGAUUGACGGGAAGAGCGGCAAGGGCGGCAAGGGCAAGGACGCGGACGACCUGAACGAAUGGCGUCGCGCCACGUGGCAGCCGGUGGGAGGCGCCACGCGGCCGCAGUGGCAGGGCGGGCUCCUGGACUGCUGGUCGGACGGGUGGACGGCUGUAGCAGCUACGUUCUGCUGCUUCUGCGUGCACGGGUGGAACGCGGAGCGCGCCGGGUUCGGCAACAAAAUCGUCCACACCGCCAUGUUUGUCCUCUUCCUCGUCGGACCCAUGGCUAUGUUCGGGCCGGCUUCCGCCAUCCUCCCCCCCGGUUACAUGCAGAAUUUCGUGUUCGCGCUCGGGGUGAUUAGCACGAUUCUAGGCCUGACUUACGCGGGCUACUGGCGGUGGUACCUGCGGCGAAACUUCCACCUGCCCGCGAGCGACUGGUGCUGCGGGCACGAGGCGGCGACGGACUUUGCGUCGUGGUACCUGCUGCCGUGCUGCUCGCUGUGCCAAGAGGUGCGUACCGUUCGGCGGUAUAACCUAAGACUGGAGAUUCCCGAAGGGCCGGGCAAGGAGGGGAGCAGCGGGGAGGGCGGCGCUGUGAUGGUGAUGGGCGCGCCUGGGACGCUGUGUAUGGAGGUCACUCCGAUGACUGUAGCCAUGGCGGAGUGA